GAGAAUACCUACGUCAAUUUGUAUAUAAUUUUUAUAGAAUUUUUUAUAUUCUAAAUCUAUUUGAAGUAUUUCGUGAUAACAGAAUAGUUUAUAAAACAUGACAUCCAUUUAUCCUAACUAUAGUUCCUUUCCUGUGUUGACGUUCUCAGGAGGUACUGUAAUCAUGAGAUUAGGUCUAUUCGUUUUAUUUUGUGUAACCAGCACUGCGUUGGCUGGAACAUACACAGAUCGUUUUUUAACACAAUACAGAAAAAUCCAUGACUCAAACAAUGGCUACUUUUCAAAAGAAGGAAUACCAUACCACUCCGUUGAAACUCUUAUCGUAGAAGCUCCAGAUCAUGGUCACGAAACUACUUCUGAAGCCUACAGUUACUAUGUUUGGUUGGAGGCAGUAUACGGCAAAGUAACUGGAGAUUUUUCAAGUUUCAAUAACGCUUGGAACAACUUGGAAACAUACAUUAUACCUGUGUAUAGCAGUCAGCCUACAAAUAGUUUUUAUACUCCCGGUCAUCCAGCAACGUUCAUUCCAGAACAAGAUGAUCCUAGUCAAUAUCCAUCACAAAUCGACUCAAGCGUACCAGUUGGACAAGAUCCCCUACAUCAAGAGUUAGUCAAUGCUUAUGGUUCACAUGAAGUCUAUGGAAUGCAUUGGCUUCUUGAUGUUGACAACAUCUAUGGUUUUGGUAAUACACCAGGAAAUUGCAAUCUUGGUCCAAGUGCUGGAGGACCAUCUUACAUUAACAGUUACCAAAGAGGUUCAAUGGAGUCUGUAUGGAGAACAAUUCCCCAACCAACGUGUGACAAUUUUAGAUUUGGUGGUAACCAUGGUUUCCUAGACUUGUUUACAAAAGAUAAUAGUUAUGCUCAACAAUGGAAAUUUACCAAUGCACCUGAUGCUGAUGCUAGAGCCAUUCAAGCCGCUUAUUGGGCUGGUCAGUGGGCACAACAAAGUGGACAACUGGGAACAAUUCAAGGCACUCUUGCUAAAGCAGCUAAAAUGGGAGAUUAUCUUCGAUAUGCCCUGUUUGACAAAUAUUUUAAACAAGUUGGAAACUGUGAUAACCGAUGGAGUUGUCCUGGAGGUUAUGGUAAAAGCAGUGCUCACUAUUUAUUAGGCUGGUACUACGCCUGGGGAGGUUCUGUUGAUACUAAUGGCGGUUGGGCAUGGCGUAUUGGAGACAGCGCUGCUCAUUUCGGUUACCAAAAUCCAUUGGCUGCUUAUGCGUUAGCUAAUGAUCCCAACCUUAGACCAAAAGGAGCUACUGCUGUAUCUGAUUGGCAAACAUCUCUCGAAAGACAACUUGAAUUUUACGAAUGGCUACAAUCAGCCGAAGGAGCAUUCGCAGGAGGAGCCACUAAUAGCAUUAAUGGUCAUUAUGAUAGUCCCUCUAGCGAUUUGACAGCAAAUACCUUCCACGGCAUGUACUACGAUUGGGAACCUGUUUAUCACAACCCUCCAUCCAAUCGAUGGUAUGGAAUGCAAUCUUGGUCAGUAGAUCGUUUGGCCCAAUACUACUAUGUCACCGGCGAUUCUAAAGCAAAAUCUGUCUUAGAUAAGUGGGUUAAUUGGAUCCUGAAGGAAACAACUAUUGAAGCUGGCAAAAGCUUCAAACUUCCCAGCCAGUUAUCUUGGAGUGGAAACCCACCAAACGUUCACUGUACCAUCAAUGCUUAUACUACGGAUGUUGGUAGUGCAUCUGGUACUGCUAGAACCUUAGCUUACUACGCAGCCAAAGCUAACCACGCACAAGCUAAAGAAGUCGCUAAAGAAAUUUUGGACAUCAUGUGGAACAACUUCCAAACCAGCAAAGGAGUAUCCUCACCAGAAGUCGCUGAUACCUACACCCAGUUUAACGAGCCUGUGUUUGUGCCAAACGGAUGGUAUGGAACUUAUCCCAAAGGAGAUGUUAUUCAAAGUGGCGCUACCUUCCUUAGCCUUAGAUCUUGGUACAAGAGUGAUCCAGACUGGAAUAAAGUACAAACUUAUCUUAAUGGUGGAUCAGCUCCAACUUUCACUUACCAUCGUUUUUGGGCUCAGGCUGAUAUUGCCAUUUCUAAUGGAGUAUAUGGAAUAUUAUUUAAUGAAUAAGAACGUACUGUAAUUUAUAUGUAUAAUAAAACUUAUGAAAAACAA